AUGGGCCGAACAAUUUUGUUUCUCUUUGCACUUGCCAUUUUCUCAGUUCUCCACAGCCACGGACAGGCAACAAAGUGCGGCAAGCUCUUCGAACGCAAAGAAUGGCGAACAUUGACCCAGGACGAGAAAUCUGGCUGGGCGGGAGCUGUGAAAUGCCUCGGAAGCAUACGGCACCAACGAUUGUCAUUCACGCCGGAACAAACAGUUCUCGAGGGAAUGAGAAGUCUAUACGAUGACUUCUCGUACUCACACGCAGCAGUAGAGCACAGCGCACAUAGGAAUGUCUACUUUUUGCCGUGGCACCGCUGGUUCCUCUAUUUGUUCGACGCGUCUCUCCGCCAAAACUGCGGGUACGGCGGUCCAACGCCAUACUGGGACUGGUCGCGCGAUCACGCGGACCUGGUCGGCUCUUCCGUGUUUGAAGAUUCACCCGAGUUUGGACUAGGCGGGACUGGAGACUGUAGUUCUUCCCCCGAGGCUGAUUGCAAGGUCACUACAGGCGCAUUUGCCCAGUUGGAGCUUGCCUGGCCGAUCCCUCACCCACUGCGUAGGAACUUGACGCUCAUCACUGGGUGGUUCGAUCAUGAGAAGCCCCAGAACUCCACACUAGGCCCAGACUCUGUGCGGAACUCGACUGAACAUCACACGGGCGACUUUUACAGUUUCCAGCACUCAAUGGAGCAGAUGCAUAAUCAUGUCCAUAACUUCGUUGGCGGUGACUUGGCGGGGGACUGCCCAAAGAAACUACCAGCGGAAAGUUGCAAGGACCUAGCCGUCGCCUUCACGCCUAACGACCCUCUAUUUUGGUUGCAUCAUGCGCAGCUUGACCGUUUAUGGAGCAAGUGGCAACGCCGACACCCCGCCAAUUUUGCCGCUUUUUCCGGCAUACCCUUUCACUCGUUCAAUAUGAGCGACCCGCAAUAUGAUGUUAAAGCUAGCGCAGAUUACAAAAUGCCAUUUGAUGUACAGAGUGUGCCCGUGACGCCAAGGCAGGUUUUUGACACGGAGGCUGGGCCACUAUGCUAUCAGUAUGUAGAUGAUGAGUGA